AUGCCAUCGGGCAAGGACCGUCUUUGCGUGGCGCUACACCUUCGUGGAGGCAAAUCGAGGAUGCCCGGCAAGGAAGACAGAUUCCACUGGGCGCUCUUCAUCGGACCAAGGAUCAUGAUGCAAUUAUCCAGUGGCAUCCAGAUCCAUGUGAAGAACACGGUCUUUGGUCAGGAGGGCACUUCGGUGCUCGAGGAGCGCGAGAGUUCUCUGAUACCCGCCGGUCAGGUCCUUAUUCGUGUUGUGGUUGCGAAGAUCCAGGAUCGGGAACGUCUGCCUGGGAUUCUUCGCACGGCGCCAGUCACCCAGGACGACUCAAGCUGGAACUGUAUUAGUUGGGUAAGAGAGGCUCUGGCAACUGUGCAGAAGGAUGGCGAAGCUGUUGGCACUUCGAAGCUGGACUGGCAGGAGGUGCGGGAUGCUGCAAUGGGGUACUGCCAGGAGAAGAUUGACGCUCAUCGCUUCGACGGCAAGGGUCAGUAUGAUAUGAUGAAGACAGCUACUUACGACCUCUUAGAGCGGAAGAAAAUUGUGCCUUGA